AUGCUUAAAUACUGGCAUGCCCUCGUUGUGCAACUGCUGGCAUUGACCAUCAGGGAGGUGAGACAUACACCUCUGGCGCCUGGCGUGCCAGUUGAGGUCAGGACAUUGGUGCUUGCCGCAUUUGCUUACUUCGGAGGAGACGUGGAGGAGGAGUGCUAUCGGAACCUGAAAGCCGGCCAGAGAAUCCUACUGUGGUACGAGGGUGACAACGUUUGGCACGAGAACAUAGUGGGUUUGGUGGUUGGCGGGGAGGCCAAGAAGGACCGGUCAAGCUCCGUGGACUGGGACGGCGUCUUGGUUUUCCACGUGGACCGCAUGGCAGGCGGCCCGAAGAAGAUUGGGAUCCAGUGUCAGCAGCUGAACUUCACAAAGCAGCCCAAAAGCAAAAAGGAAGAGCCGGCGGCACUGACACCUGGACAGGCGGGUGGACGAAAGCACAGGGAUGCAGCAGCCACUUUCAUGACGUUAGCAUCUGCCUUCGCAACCGGCCAUUUUAUGGCCAGCCUAGAUCUUGCAAAAGCUUUUGACCAUGCACGUCCGGCAAGGGCCUUAGCAACCAUGCAGUGGUACGGAAUGCCUGGCAAGUUAACCAGAGCGGUUCAGCGUAUCUGGGGAAACCAGAAAAGGUUUCUCUCAUGGAAUGGAGAGAUCUGCAAGGAUCCGAUCAAGGUCACCAGCUCUAUCCCUCAGGGAGACGCGCUGUCGCCCUGGGCCCUCAACAGCUUGCUUGCAGCACCCAUGCGAGACAUUCUGUCAAAGGUCCCCAGAACAGUUUUAGCUGUGUUUUUGGACGACCGGUCAUGGGGCUCCGCCACUGCCGCCGAGUGUAAACGGGUCUUCGGCCUCUGGCAUCUUCACACCAAGGCUUUGGGGCUGCGUGAAAAUGAAAACAAAACCCAGAUCACCCACAAAUCGGCCAAGGGCCGCCGCCAAUUGUUGGUGCACUUUCCUCAUGACAAGCUCGUGAAGCACUUGCGCGCCCUCGGUGCGAGUUUGGGUAUGGGCAAGGCUGAUGAAAAAGAGUUGGAACGCAUCAACAAAGCCAUGAAGGCCGCUGAUAAAAUCCAUGCUGCGCCUGUUUGCGCCGCUAAGAGGGCUUUCACUUCUGCUAUGUCUGCCACGUCUAAAGCUGCUUACGGGUGGCUCAGCCGGGGGCCUGCUCUAAGUGUGGUCUCCAAACUUGAGGUGCGUCUCAAACGGGCGGGCUACAAUCACCUCAACGCCUCGGUCCCUCUGGCCAAGCUGGUUGUAGGACAUGCGCGAGAUGUGCGUUUCACAGCAGGAAUGCAGGCUCUGUCGGCAGCACAUCGUGCAGUUAAGUUGUCAGGCGAGGCUUUGCUUGACUGGAACUGCACUGCAGGACUUCAUGGCGUUGCUGUUUUGACGGGGGCCCUCAUUUCCCCGCAGUGCUUUGAGAAAAUGAAGCGGGGAGAGCAUGCUGAUGCUGUCCCCUGCCCCUUUUGCGGUCAUCAAGCCGCGGACCUGCGACAUGUGCUUUGGAGUUGCCCCAAGAAUGGCAAACCACAAGGCUUGACGGCCAAAGAUGCCCUUCAAGAACGACUUGCGUGGCCCUACGGAGAGAGUGCGGCGCAGGACUGGCGGCAAACUUUGGCGCUGUUUCCCCCUGCGUUUGACGCGCAUGGUUGUGGACUGCGUCAGCGUCUACAUGAUGAUGAACUCGGCGAAGUAACCUUGGAUGAGCUGUUCGGUGGACGCUUUGUCCAUCGGAGACUUCGACCUGCCCAUGCAGCGGGUGCUCUCACGGCGGCCGGGGGAGUCUCAGAUGCUCCCCAUGCCCGCGGACCCAGGGCGGCAAACUUCGUCGAGACCGCUCCACAGGACUUCGUGUGGCUGGCGGCGGUGACCGUGUGGCGCUGGCGCUCAGGCAGGGAAGUGGAGCUGGUAAGAGUCGAGGAGGCCACUGGCUACGCUGAGAGAAGACGGGCCCUGUUCGGCGUCCCUCACACUGCCCCACCACAGGACUCCAUCUUGAAUCGAAUCAAGCCCGGGAAGAAGGAGGACAGCGGGGAGAGCGCCUCCUCUGAAGAGGUCCGCACGCUUUGGGUUGAUUUCGAUGAUCAAGGGGAACGACACAAGAGAUGGCGCGAGGUGGUCACCGAGUCCUACACCCCCGCCUACGAUGAGAAGCCUCUUGAGGGUCCCUUGACGGCGCUCCAUGUCAUGAAACACAUGGAGCGACAUGGAGGUGAUCCUCGCCAGUGGCUAGGGGUCUGGGCUCGCACCAAGCACAUUGAGCCCACGGACAGAGUAUACCACGAGCUUAAAGUCUUGACUGAUUGUUUGUACUUCUCAGGAACAUUCGAUCAGGUGAACAUCCCAGCCCUCAUGGGACAGGAAGUUGUCUGCAGGAGGAUUCAGGCUGUCGUCGAUGCUUACAUGAAUCCAUCGCGCCCGAGCUGGGAGAACGCGAAGGUCUUUUCUGGCAUGGGAGCACCGGAGGAUAUCAUUUCACCAAGUUUCAGGACCUACGCCACGAAGCGGAACAAGGACGAGCUUGAGCUGCUGCAGGCUAGAAUCAAAGUGCGUGAGUUGCGGGGAGCACCGGCUUCUACAAGUGAGGAUGGUCAGGGGACGGGCCUUUCCCCUCUGGCCCGAUCCCUGGUGAACAGCGAGGGGAAGGGAGGCCGCUUGCAGGUGAAAAAACACUGGUAUGACGACCUCAACGAGGCCGUCAAUGCCCUUAAUUGGAUGGCUGGAAAGGGGCCCGCAAGAGAGUCCCUUCCGUCGCCUAUGCAACACGAGGUGCUGCUCAGAAUGGAAGGGUUGGCAGCCUGCCAGCAGCCCAAGGAAGCAGUACCUACUCCGGAGGGGCUUAAGGCGCUCCUCCGCGGUGGGACGCCGUACGAUGCCAAGCCCACCAGUGAAACUCUCGCCAGCUACCAAGCCGAGCUCGUGUCACUACCAGAUGAUAUCACGAAGUGCCCUGAACUAAGUCAGGUUCUUCAUGAACACGACCGUCGGUUUUUGGAGCAGACAUCAGAGCUGAUGCUGAGACCUGCCGAGGACUUAGCUGAAGUAGAGCCCAUUGAACCCUAUUGGGAUCCGAAACUCAAGUUCAACCGGAAGGAAUAUCAUCGACUAGUCCGACGUCUCGAUGGCAUAGGCUAUUUCCACUAUACCACGAGGCCGGCUUGUUCCGUCGGCAUCUUUUUCGUGUGGAAGAGCUCCCGUACCAAGCUCAGGCUCAUCACCGACGCCCGAAGGGCAAACCAGCUGUUCAAGGCUCCUCCGGGAGUGCAACUGCUGUCGAGCGAGGGCUUUGGCAAGAUUGAGCUUGACGUGAGUGCUGAAGUUUUGGGGGACCCUGAGGCCUUCUCUGCCCUCGAGAUCUUUGUCGGAUUGAGUGAUAUUAAGGACUGCUACCAUAGGAUGAAGGUGCCUCGUUGGAUUAGCCGGUACUUUGCUUGGGAGGCUGUGCCAGCGAAGGUCUUGAAGAUGACGGGCCAGGAGUUGGACGGGAAGGUGCUGGGCCCCCUUGACCCUGUCUACCCAUGUGCUGGUUGCCUCUGCCAGGGCUGGAGCUGGUCUUUGUUCUUCGCCCAACGUGCAAAUGAACAGCUGUGCUUGAGCAGUCGGCUUCUCCGAGAGGCAUCCCUCGUCAAUGACAAGAGCGAGCCAGUCGUGCUCAAGGUUGGGCAUGUCGGCGGUCGCCUCAGCGAGGAUUCCCACGUCAAGCAGUUUUUCUACGUAUAUGUCGAUAACUUGGGGGUGAUUGGACACAACAAGUCGAAGGUUGAGAGUGCUCUUGGCGAACUCCAAGGUAUCUUCAACGGGCUCGGGCUUGAGCUACACAAGAGCGAGGUUGGAAGCCAAGGUGUCGAAGCGCUGGGAUGUGUGCUAGAUGGCUCUGCAAAACAGAGUAGACUAAAACCUACCCGCUUGUGGAAAGUGAGGCAGGGCAUCCUUGGUCUCCUUCGCCGCGGGCGAUGCACAGGCCGAGCCUUAGAAGUCAUCCUUGGACACUGCACUUUCUGCGCUCUAAUGUGCAGGCCCGCGUUGAGCAUCUUCAACUCCGCCUACGCCUUUGUCCGAUGUGGUUACAUGGAGGUGCGCCCCCUUUGGAAGACGGUCGUCGAGGAACUCCAGUGCUUCCGCGGGAUACUCUUACUGCUUUGCCAGGAGUGGGCUCGACCCUGGAACACCCUUGUCUCCUCGAGCGAUGCGUCGCUCUCAGGCUACGGUGUUUGUCAGGCGUGGUGGCCACGAUCUGAGGUUGAGCGAUGUGGCAGAAUCAGUGAGAGAUCGCGCUUCAAGAGGGUCGGCCCUCAUUCGGCACGGGAGUCUGCUCUGCUCAAAGCCGGCCUAGGCCGGCAGCUCAAGGGUGGAGCUGCGCUUGAAGCUUUGGAACAAGAAGGCUGGCGCAUUGAGGACAGCUUCCCAGAGAUUCCUGCGGCCGGUUUGAGACGAGAGCUGUGGUGUCCAAAGAUGUGGGGAGCCUGGAGGUACCGCGAGGGCAUUUUGGUGCUCGAGGCUCGUGCCGCCCUCAAAGGUUUGAAGAGAGUCCUCCUCACAAAAUACGGCCACAGCAUGAGACAGCUUCUUCUUUGUGACAAUCUGCCGUGUGUUCUUUCUUUCGAGAGAGGUCGUAGUCACAACUAUGCGGUGCUAAAAAUCCUGAGGGAGUAUGCCGCGUAUUGCCUGGCUAGAAACGUUUCAGUUACCAUGCGGUGGAUACCGUCCGAACUGAACAUAGCAGAUGAACCUUCUCGGUUACAUGAUGAAGAAGACUCUAAGCUGUUGAUCGACCUCAUUACUGAAGAGUGGGGGAGCCAUGGCACCAAAGCGUACUCGAACCUUGGAGGUAGCGAGCCAGACUGGGACAGCAAAUGUCGGGACGUCUGGGCGCCGGCGAGAGCGCACCGUGACUGCCACACUCCAGCGGAUGACGCAGGAGAAUCGGGGCAGGUGAGAAAGCAGGAGUUGCCCAGGACGGAUUUGCAGCUGGAGGAGAUAGAGAAGAAGUACAGACGCCGCAGAGCUCAGAACGAUCUCAGCGAAUCCGCCAGCACCUCAUCCGAGCUCAGGGACGAGAAAAGAGGCGUCAGAGGGCGUGUGGGCCGGACAAGAGUCCGCCGAGCACUUCAGAAAAUCGUGGAUGCCGAAAUGAGUGGUUCCACGGUUCUGGAAAUGGCCGCGGUGACAAAGCCGGUCCGAGCACACUACAAGAAAAGACUUCAAGAACUGAGCCAGUUCGUGGAGCAAGGGCGGCUUCCCUUCACGACGGACAAGGAGAUAGACGAUGCUCUUGUGAAGCUUUUCAACCAGGCCUAUCUGGAUGGCGAGGGCAGCCACUUUGGCGACUACACCAUCGCAGCCCUUUUGGACAAGGUCCCCGAGUUUGGUCGGCUGGGAUCGCGCAAGAUCCCUCGCGCGUGGAGAAGCUUGAAAGGGUGGAGACGGCUGUGCCCAUCUCGCUCGAGGCUUGCCUAUCCCUUGGCGGUCUGGUGUGCGAUGAGCUGGCGGAUGGUGGAGAGAGGACAAGUGCAGAUGGCAACCUUCAACCUCCUCCAGGUCUCGACCUACCACCGUCCCAACGCGCUCCUGAAGCUCCGGAAGAUGGGGCUGGUGCGGCCUACGAAUGGGAUCACAGGCUCCUGGUCUCUGAUUACAAGCCUUUCAGAGACAGAAGACACCUCGAAGACGGGCACCAAAGACGACUCCGUGAUGCUGGACUCGAGCUGGCUGCAGUUCAUCAACCCGAUCCUCGAGGUUCUCAGUCGUGGCAGGCCGAUGGACCUGGUGUGGGAUUUCGACUACGCCGAAUACCUCUCCGUCUUUCAGAGCUGCUGCCAGGACCUUCGCAUCCAGCUGGUGCCUUACCAAGCACGCCACUCCGGGCCGAGCAUAGACAGGGCCGGAGGGCACAGAAGCCAAGAAGAGGUCCGAAAGCGAGGCGGAUGGGUGAGCAGAAAGAGCAUGGAUCGUUACGAGAAGGCGGGGAGGUUGGCAGCAACUUGGAAGUCCUUGACCUUCGAAGUCCAGCUCACGUGCGCCAUGACCGAGCGAUACAUAGAGGAAAUCAUGCUAGGCCAAAGCUAUCCGGUCAUCACCAUGCCUGGCUAA